AUGCUUCAUCAAAAUGCCUAUAGCAUGUUUGAUAAUAGUAGUAUACGUAGUGGUAAUAGUAGCAAAAGUAGUAUAUACAGUAAUAAAACAAAAAACUCCUUCACCUUUUGGAAUAAACAUUCUUCUCACUCAUGUAUACAACCAGAAGCGAAUAAAAGUGUCUAUAGUGUUAUACGACAAAAUAUGAAACGCAUAAUGCACCAUACAAAACAGGUGAAUACUCAAUCAAUUGACAAAGGUAUGGGUGAUAACAGUUUAGACGUACAAAAAAGGAAUAAAUUCGCCUCAGAACACUCUGAUCUGAAAUCGCCAUUUGAAGUGUCUGUAUGUCAGAUAUACCCUACAUGUAGAAGUGAAAAGAACACAUUGAUCAGCCCCCUAGAUCAAACAAUACUCAAACCACCCAGCAACGAAGUUAUCGGAGUACAUCACAACGCAGGCGGUUAUUACGACAAAGUGGUAUUUGUUGAAGGUACAACGACUCCGAAAUCUAAAGAUCUUGAACAGAAUGACACUAUAGAACAACAGAGUGUUUAUCUCUCAUUGUCAAUUAAAAAAACACCCAAUCGAACUUGUAAUCCUGAUGAAACUCAAUUACAUAAUCAGAAUGAUAAGGAACUGGUGAAGUGUGAUUCCCAAAAUUCAUUAGAUACACUUACAGAAAGUAAAACUUAUGUAUGCAGUAGAUGUCAUCAAGCCAGGAAUGCAGUGAAAUCAAAGAAUUCUGAAGGUAAAAAGUCAAUUUCAUGUGAUAAUGUCUGUGAAAUCUCUUGUCAUGGGAAUAAUGCUAGUAUGGAUCAAAUGAAAGGGAAAUGUACUAAAUCUGUACAAAAUAUUCCCUCUGAAAAAUCAACCACAUCAUCGUGUUGUUCACGGUGUGAAAAGAAUCUGGCGUCGUCGACCUCUUCCUCCUCUCCAUCAUCAUCAUCGGAGUCACGUCAUCUACCGUCGAAUAUUAAGUCUACACAUGAAGUUGAAGGUGAAAGAUGUUUGAACAAAUGUCAAACUAGUUGUAAGAAGUCUAUGUGUGAUAAACAGCGUAGGCGUCUGCGACACGAUGAUGGUAACGUAAACAAAGGUUCACGUUCAAUUGCUUCUGAUAGAAAGGCGGUUAAUUCAAAGCCUAAUAAAGAUAAAAAACAGUCAUCUGAAGGGAAACAGUGCCUAACAACUUCACGAAUUAAUAAUCUGCUUCAAAUGGUCAAUGAAAAUGAUAAAUAUGACAUCUUACAUAAAUGGCUGGUAGAACAAAUGGCUUAUUCACUGAAAAGAAACCCAGUGAAUAUGAGGUCCAAUGCGUCGAAAUGUACAAAAGACUUGAAUCCAUUAGAAUCUUCGCUUCCAUGCAAAGACUGUAACGAUUACAAUUCAUCAUGUACUUGUUCAGAAUGUCAAGUACCGAGAUUUCAUGAUGACAAUGACGGGGAUAGACAUUUGUAUUCUUCAAAGAAUACAACAUCGUCGUCAUCAGAAUCAGAAUCGGAAUCUUUAUCAUCAACAAUAAUGUCUAAAAGACACAAUACCUCUAAGCAAAUGUUCCCUAUUUCAGAAAGUAAUGAACGUCAACGACAGAGAAGUAUGUUUGUAGAAAAUCGUGUCGGCAAAGUUGUACAGUCAAAUUGUCUGGAGGAAUACUAUUCAUCAAGUGAGGCGAGGAAAAAUCAAAAAUGUAUUUCACCAGGUCAGUUGAUGAUGAGUAAUAUUUUACGAUCAAAUAGUGAAAAUAUUCUUAAUACACAUAAGCUGUACAAUACUAAGUGGGCAUACAAAGAGAUUCAACCACAGAAUAUACUCAUCCCUGGCAAUAUUCAAAAGUAUGCAAGCCAGUGUAGAUCGACGGUGAUGACAAUACCAGAGAGAGGAAAGCAGUCAGCGACAAUGACAACAACAACAAGAAGGGGAAAAACAACUUUUGAUAAAUCAAUAAUUAAUCGUUCCUAUUCCUUAGACAGAAUUCAUAUGAAUACCAUAAAUUCAACAAAUCCAAGGUGUACUAAUAGCAAAGAGUUGAGCAAUACGCCGGUACCACCGAAAAACUUGCUAAAUCGUCAUGACACCUAUAAAAAUGGGAAUCGUAAACCCCCAGUACUCAAGCUGAAUAAACAACAGUCGAGUGAGACAACCGCGACGACUAACACUACUACUAAUACUACUAGCACUAAUAUAAGUAAUACAUGUAAACGUUUAUCAUAUAUUUCACAGAAUAAUAAACUUUCAAAAAAGCCAGUUCAACAACAAACUUCAACUUUAUCCAACAUAAAGUUGAAAAAACCUUCCUACAACAGUAAAGACAACUCCUCGACACUGCCGAAUGAUGUUAACACCUGGCAUCAAGAAAUAUUUGAAUUAAGCCCAUAUGAUGAUCUAGUGAAGAGUUAUUUAAAUACGUCAGAUCGUAGAAUCAAGGCUAUUGCAACGAAAAAUAAUUGUGAAAUCCAGAUCAGUGGACCAUUCAGCCGACCAGAACGUUUAUCUUCUACAAAUGCUGGUGGUGGCGGCGGCGGUGGGGGUAUUAUACAACGUGGAAAAAUUAAAUACCAAUGUCAUAUCUAUGCGAUGAAUGAAAGAAAACUCGGACAGUGUGUAAAUUUUCUUAAAGAAACAUUUCCCAACUCUUUAUUACGUUUAACACGAUGA